AUGGGAGCAGCAGUUCCCGAGAAUAAUACGAGGGGAAGGAGAAAAUCAUCCUCCAGGGGUCACCAUAGAUUUGUUGGGGUUCGCCAGAGGCCAUCUGGGAGAUGGGUUGCAGAGAUCAAAGACUCUCUGCAAAAGGUGAGGCUGUGGCUGGGAACAUUUGACACUGCGGAGGAAGCAGCCAGAGCCUACGAUGAUGCAGCCCGAGCCUUGCGCGGUGCCAAUGCACGCACCAACUUUGAACUGCCGCAAUCAGGAUCAAACUCCUGUCUAUCUAAUCGUAAUAACAUUGAGCCUUUUUCAUUUGAGGAAGUUUGUGGGGCUGCCACUAAAGCUGAUGGCCUUCUUGGUGCACUUAAGGCCAAGUUAUUUGAAGGCAGGGGAUCCAAUGUCUCUUCUUCACGGCUGCAGGAUGAUUCAUCGAUCUCCCAUAAUAACAAAUCAACACUUCCUCGUGAGGUUGGGGAAAUUAAUGUUAAUAACUCUGAGGACCUCAUUCUCAUGGACCAUGAUCAUGGUCGGGUUGAGGUGGCUGCAGCAGCAGCAGCAGCAGCCCAUGUUGGUGUUCAGUGGCACCAUCCAGGACCAGGACACACUGCAUCAACAAGCAACAUGGUGUGGUCUAGUGAACCAGCUGUAUAUCAAGUGACUUGGAACACACAGAUGAGCCAUGCUCCUGAGAAUGGUUUUCAUACUACUACAACUCCUACAUCUGCAUCAUGGCCAAUAUCUGGGGCAAGUGAGACAACGACAAUAAAUUUUGAUCACUACCCGCGUGAACUGCCGACAAAUCACACAAGGAAAGUGCCACAAAUCAUUCCAAUCGAUGGAGCAACAGAAGGUGUUUGGUCAUCAGAGCCACAAUUUGUGCACUGUGAGAAGAAGGCCAGUUGGGGUGGUGCUAAUAGUAACAACCCUUGGGAUCCUCUCCUGUAUAUGUCCUCCGCCCUGGGAUGA